AUGAGUGUAAAAACACUUAACUUAUAUUCAUGGUCCUCAACAAUAUUGCUCAUAUUUCUAUUAUAUUUUGUUGAACACUCGAAUGCCUACGCAUAUUGUCAAUACUAUAAACACGAUGUAUCAGGGCCUCAUUUUAAAGAGUGUCCGCAUACUUGUUGUUCAAAUUCAAAACACACACGAGAAAAUACAACUUGUUGUAAUCCACCACCUAAACAAACAACAACAAUCACAAUAUUUGGAUACCGCUGGUGGACUGUUUUUCUUUGUAUUUUGUGCCUUAUUAUUGUACUGACUGCAUUAGUUAAUAUUAAUAAGCGCACACAUAUGUUAAAAAAUUGGAAAAACUUUAAUUCAGCUGUUAAUCCUUCAUUGACAUAUACGAUUUCUGGAAAUGAUGUAAACAAUAAUUUAGAAUAUAAGUGUUCUGGUCAAGAUGAUACAAUUAUUUUAGAACAAUGUCCUCCAUGUUAUAGAGAUGCUACUUCAUCAGUACAACCACCAUAUGCGUCAGUAAACCCACCGACAAAAACAGACUUGGAAUAA